UUAGGUCCCUAAACCCUCGUCUCCUUCCGCGCACGGCCGCACCGGAGCCGCCGCCGGAGAUGUCGCUCUCCAAGCCGCUCGCGGCGCGCCGCCUCGUGCCGGCGCUCUUCCCGCUCGCCCACGCGGACGCCGCCUCGGCCGCGGCCUCCCGCCGCGCCCGCCGCCGGGGCGCGUUCGUCUCGACGCCCCCGGCCCCGCCGCCCUCCCCGAGCUCCGUGCGCCUCGCGGAGCCGCUCCCCUCGCUGGCCCCCUCCCGCCUCGCGCUCCACAACAGCGUCCUGGCCCUCCUCUCCCCUACCCCCGCCGCCCAGGCCCCCGACCUCGACGAGGCCGCGCUGCUCACCCGCCACGCGCUCCACUCCAACUGCCGCCCCUCCUCCUUCACCUGCAUCGCCGUCCUCGCCGCGCUCCUCCGCGCGCGCCGCCUCGACGACUUCUUCGCGCUCCACCGCUUCGCCCUCCAGGCCGCAGUCCCGCCCACCGCCGCCACCCACGCGCUCUACCUCUCCGCCCUCGCCGCGCGCCGCCUCCCCGAUGCCGCACUCCUCCACCUCCGCCUCAUCGCCCGCCCCGGAUCCCCCGUGCCCCCCUCCCCGACCGCCUACCGGGUCGUGGUCAAGUGCCUCGUCGCGGACCACGGCCGCCUCGCCGACGCCGUCGAGCUCAAGGAUGAGAUGCUCGCCUCCGGGUUCGUCGGACCCGAUCCCCAUGUCUACAGCCUCCUCAUGGCUGGGUUUGUGGAAGCCAGGGAUGGGGCCAAAGCCGUGGAGCUCUACCAAGAAUUGCAGGACAAGCUUGGUGGCGAGCCUGUCCUCGAUGGCAUCGUGUACGGGAGCCUCAUGAAGGCCUACUUCCUUAUGGGAAUGGAGGAGAAGGCCAUGGAGUGCUACAAAGAGGUCUUCUCUCCGGACUCAGAGGUGAGGUUUGGGACUGAGAGCUAUAAUGAGGUGGUGGAUGCGCUUGGGCAGAACCAAAGGUUAGAGGAUGCACUCAACCUGUUCGACAGAAUGCUUCGGGAGCAUGACCCUCCAUUGAGGAUUACGGUUGAUGUGAGAAGCUUCAGCGUGAUGGUGGAUGCCUACUGUGCGGCUGGAAGGUUUGAGGAUGCGAUUGCGGUGUUCCGGAGGAUGGGAGAGUAUAAGGUGGUACCUGAUGUAGCAGCAUACAACAAUCUGAUUCGCCAUCUCGGGCUUAAUCGACUGGUAGAUGAGGCAGAGGUGCUCCACAAGGAGAUGUGCGAGCAAAUUCUUGUUGCAGAUGAGGAGACAUGUGUUCUGCUCAUGGAGGCGUGCUUUAAGGCGGACCGCAUCGAUGAUGGUAUCAGUUACUUCGACAAAAUGGCUGAGUUGGAGUUGAAGCCCGAUGCAUCUGCAUAUCAUAGGAUUGUCGACGGCCUGGUCGGUUUAAGCUUGCUCGACAAGGCUCAGGAGUACUUCGAUCAGAUGAGGGAGAAGGGAAUUCACCCAAGCAUUGCAACCUAUGAGACACUGCUGAAGGCGUAUGUUGACGUUGGCGCGGCACGGUUGGAUGAUGCAGCCAAGGUAGCAAAAUGUAUCCUCUUGGAUGAGAAUGUGGUUUUUAGUGAUGAGAUGAGGGAGCUUUUGGAAGGCGCACUCCGUGGAGAGGGCAGGGAAGAUGACAUAGCAAAGCUGUAUGAAGACGUGGAGAGAGAGAAGGCCGAAGCAGUUCUGCGGGCGGAGGAAGAGAAGGCGAGGGCAGAGGCACUUGCCAGGGAAGAGAGGGCGGCGAGGAGGGCAGAGGCUGCUGCCAAGGACGAGGCUGCGGCGAAAGCUAGUGCUGCUGCCAUCGAGGCUAUCAUUGGCCAUAGAAGGAAAACAGAAGGUGAGACAGCAGAACCUGCAUCUACUCCAAACGCUCUCGGCGGCGGGUUUCUCAGCAGGCUUGGCCUCAGUUCGCCUGGAGAAGGUGCGCCUCAAGACACCCCAAUAAUAAGCACUGAAACAAAAGAUGGGCAGGAGCAAUUUUGAUGGUCAUGAGCCUUCAUGUCCUGCAUUUGUUCUGAGCACUAGUCGUGCAUUUUCGUAUCGAUUCUAGGGGCAUCAAUCUGUAUGAACUCUGAUGGCUACAAAGGUUUCUAACUUUCGACUGUAUCUCCAGUUGAGACCUUGUGUAACUAUGAUUGAUGCAUAACAAUAGAGCAAUAACCAUGAGAUCUUGAUGAA